AGGAGAGGUGGACAGGAAGGGUCCCCAUCAGCACGCCCACCCUCUCCUUCCUCUGCCCUCUCCAGGCCCAACAUCAGCGAGGAGCUCAAGGACCUAAUCCUGAAGAUGCUGGACAAGAAUCCCGAGACGAGGAUUGGGGUGCCGGACAUCAAGUUGCACCCUUGGGUGACCAAGAACGGGGAGGAGCCCCUGCCCUCGGAGGAGGAGCACUGCAGCGUGGUGGAGGUGACGGAGGAGGAGGUGAAGAACUCCGUCAGGCUCAUCCCCAGCUGGACCACCGUGGUGCUGAGGACACGGCAGGGGAACAGCCUGGGCAGCCUUCGGAUUGGAGCCCGAGUGUCAGUUAGACAGAGCCUGCAUCCCCCCCAGAGCCUGACUGUCAGAUGGCACAUGCAUCUCCUGCAGAGCCUUCGUGUUAGUUACACGGAGGCUGCAUCCUCCCCAAAGCCUGAGUGUCAGACAGAGCCUGCAUCCUCCCCAGAGCCUGAGUGUCAGUUAUACGGAGACUGCAUCUCCUGCAGAGCCUGUGUGUCAGUUAGACAGAGUCUGCAUCCUCCCCAGAGCCUGAGUGUUAGUUAGAUGGAGCCUGCAUCUCCUGCAGAGCCUGUGUGUCAGAGCCUGCAUCCCCCCCAGAGCCCUCGAGUCAGUUAGAGCAGCCUGCGGGCCCACUCCUGUUUCAGCUUUGCUCCUCUUCCUCUGCUCAGCUUCCGUGUUGGCACUUGGAAGUGAUUCAUGUUGUCCCUGAUGGCCGUCAGGGCCACUGAGUGUCCUGCCCUGCCCCUGCCUGAGAGUGAGUCAGGGCAAGCACAAGGCCAGGAACGAGGGCCGGGGAAGCUGUUGCUGUGGGUGGGGCCUUUAUCCCCACCCCCAUCACCCCCCCUUGCAGGGUCCUGGCCCAGCUAGGAUCAGCUGGCUGAAUCCCUGCUCCGUAUGCUUACUUGGCUCUGUGGGGUCCCUGGA